CGAGAGUCGACUGGGAAGGAAAUGAUCAGUAAGUCGUUCGUCACUAAUCAUUAAGAGGAGAAAUAAAUUCGCCAGAGACUCAACAUGGGACUGACAAGAAAUGGAAAGAAAGGAUCUGUACGACGAGCCACCUCUUCCGAAGGGUUUGGAAGCGCUUCGACUUAUUCAAAUACCAGUUCGUUCGGAUCACUGGCCGAUUUAGGCAAUGACAACGGCGUUGAUGAUUUGGGUAAUAUUAGCGUCGUUGUCAGAGUGCGACCAUUAAGCGAAAGGGAAAUCCAACGAAACGAUGACACCAUCAUUCAAGUGGUCAGUCAUGAACAAAUUAUGAUGCGACCAGACGUCAGACCGAAUGGACAAAGUGCCCUAUCCGGAGCACAAUCUACUUUCAACCAAACGUUAACGGCCAAGACAUUUACAUUCAACUCCGUUUUUGACCAGACCGCUACCCAGUCGGAGAUGAUGGACAAGUCCGGUGUGGCCAAGGUUAUCGCCAUGGCCAUGGAAGGCUAUUCCACCACAAUUUUUUGUUAUGGACAGACAGGAUCGGGCAAGACUCAUACGCUUACCGGCCCUCCCCAUUUAUUCCAGGACAAACCGAACCCUUUUUCAGAAGAGCACGGUCUCAUCUAUCGGGCGUUUGUACACCUUUUCGACAGAUUAAAGGAAAACACUAAAUCGGAUUGCACUUACAUCAUUAAAGCUUCUUUCCUCGAAAUAUACAACGAAAAGGUGAUUGACUUACUCAACUUGAGUACUUUCAAGAAACCGCUGCAGGUGCGCUGGUCGAGAGCAUCGGGUGGUUUUUACGUCGAGAAUCUCUUCACAGUAGAAUGCGAGGAAUUCGACGAUUUGCUAGCCGUCCUCGAAGAAGGCAUGAGGAAUCGAGCUGUUGGCAGUCACGGGAUGAAUGAUUAUUCCAGUCGAAGCCAUACGAUUCUUACUGUUCACGUCAUCUCCGAAUUACAGGCUUCAGAAGAGGGAGUUUACCUGAGCAGACACGGAAAAAUUAAUUUUGUCGAUCUGGCAGGUAGCGAAAUGACCAAGAAAACCAACAGCCAGGGUAAAACUCUUGAAGAGGCCAACAACAUCAAUAAAAGUUUGAUGGUCCUAGGUUAUUGCAUAUCUCAGCUUAGCGAUCCCAGGAAGCGAAACGGACAUAUUCCUUACCGCGAUUCUAAACUGACCCAACUGCUGUCUGAUAGUCUUGCCGGCAAUGGCAUAACUUUAAUGGUGGCGUGCGUGUCUCCGGCACGAUCGAAUUUGUCCGAAACUCUCAACACGUUACGCUACGCUGCUAGGGCAAAACAUAUCCGCAACAAACCGGUCGUCGUCAUGGAUCCGAGGGAGGCAUUGAUUCUAAGUUUGAAACGGGCAGUGAUGGCGCUGCAGGAAGAAAAUGUCCAUUUGCGCAAUUUGAUCGAUUUGGAGAAAUCAUCAAGCCAACAGCCAGAACGGCCUCUAACAGCUGUAAUUAGAUCCUCAAGUACCGAACAAGUUUUACUGUCUGGAGCGGCAACGGAUACACCGAGAUUUAGCGAACUGCCAGCCCACGAGGCCCAUCAGUUACUGCACAGUUUAUUGCAAGAAAAUCGAGCCCUCAGGAAAGAGAACGCCGACCUCUACUCUUUGAGAGAAGCUCUGCUGAGGCAACAAGAAGCCGUCACCAAACAUAACGAACGUCUGAUCAAACAGAUUGAGGGCAAGCCUAUAAGAACAUCUCAACCCAUUAUGACGUUCCUGUCACCUGACGGGCCCAGUAAGAUUGAACCAACGAAUGGGGGAUCAGUCUCAGCCAGAACUUCUCCACUGCCUCAACUAAAACGUUCAAAUUCACUCACCUCAAUUUCUGGUCGAUCAUCCCUUGCUAAUCCACUUAGCCAGAGCGUCACUUUGCUUAAUCAGCAAUCACCCACCAUGGGUCUUAACGGCACCGGCAUCUUACCUAUGGAAGUAAGCAGAGAAAUGACGAAGCGCGGAUUCAACGCAAGUAAAUCCGCAGACUCUCGAACCAGUAACGAUAUUGCAAGGUGAAAGUUUGGAUAACGAUCGGGCAUCCCUUUCGCCUCCGCAGGUGUACGGACAUAGAAAGAAACUGACGGAUUUAAAAAUCGAUCUGAAUUUUGUGCCUAAAAAGAAUAAGGUCAACAAAAAUAUUAGUCUCCCCUCACCUAAUAAAAUUAGAGCAUCUUCUGAACAGCCGCGGAUUCGCGCAAUGAGUACUGGUACUCCUAACGGGACGGCGGGAAGGGAAUAUUAAAAGGCAAUUCGUUUCUUUUGUUUGAUGGCUGAAUUUCAAUAUUCGCCACGACUCGUGCAUUACGGGAUUAUGCUAAGAGCAAGAUCUGUAAUCCCAGCGUUGACAUUAUUGCUUGGCAGACAGCGUUCGCACCGGACAAAUAAAUCUUUCUUUUGACUGCCCUUA